UACGGCUCUGGUAUCUCGCAAUAGAUCCAUGCGAAAUGCAUGCCUAUGUUAAGUUCACUGAUGGUGUGCAUUUGAUUUUGCCCACUUCCCUGGUAAAGAAAUUCACGCCUCGCGAUGCUGCCGACUUCGACGCGACCCGGCUGUACGAGGCCUACUGGGUUUCAGAUUCCGGCGAAGGCGAAGAUGAGGACUUCUACAACGCCAACGUUAUCCUUCUGGGCGAGAGUCUUGAUGAUCUUUUGAAGAAGAUGCAACUGAAGCGGUACCCGAUUCCUAGGAUUUUGGAUGGUAGUGCAACGCAGAAGCAGCCUGCAAGAAAGCAUGUCCAAGACCUUGGACGAAAGGAAAAAAAGAACCGGAAGGAGAUUGGCAAGCGGUCGAGGCUUGAUGACAUCGCUGCAGAUUUUAAGAAAAAGCAAAAGACCCAGGAGACGAGGGCAGCACCUCAAGAGGAUAGGAUCCUUCGACAUCUCCUCCAGGAGAAAGAGGGCAAAAUAAAAAGACUUCAGAAAGAGCUUGCCCAGGAACAGGCUCACAGCCGGAGGCUGGGUUUGGCCCUUGCAAUGAAAAUUGAAGCUGCCUCAGAACCGCAAUGGAGGAGGCCUGGUACUUCAAGCGAGGAGCACCUGUUGGCUGAACCACCGUCUUUUGAAGGCAUUGAACUGCUCGAAGACUCGCCAAGUCGUCUAGUAGAGGAGGUCCCCAAAAGUCCAGUGCCAUCAACCUCGUACACAGGAAACCUUUCCGGAGCGGAAAAGUCUACCGACCAACCUUCACUGGGCCGAGCUCCUUUACCGUCAGCUGACCAGCAACCGGGAUUCCUGCUGCCAGAGCCCGCUCUACCAUGUGCAGGCCCUGCACCACCAGUGCUGAUCGAAGGAGAUGGAAUGGUUCACCUUGGCAGUGGACUAAAAGUCGCCAAGCUUAAGCUUGAUGAUUUGGUAUCGAAGCUACCGGAACAACGCUUCGUAAAGGACCUUUCCCGGACGAUCUACUCUACUGCUGAGCUCUGUGCUCGCAGCGUGACCGGAGAGCCGAGCCGGCGCUUUCUGAAAGAGGGCGCGAAAGGAAAGCUGCCGGUGACACCUGCAAAGAUGAUGGCCCUUGCAAGUGGCCUGAUGUACUAUGAGAGGGCAAAGAAGCCAGAGGCUGAACGUCGCCCGAUCCUGGAGCUCCAGACGGUAGUCCGCGACAUCCUAAAAGACUUCUUGCCUGAUGUUGCGAGGCAGGGCAGGAGGAGGGUCGCUCCGAAAGAAUAAAAUGGCAGUGAUU